UGACGUUGGAUGGUUUGGCCAAGACUGUAAGCUCCAGUGCCACUGUACAAACAACAAAUGUACAGACGACGGUACCUGCAUCAAUGGGUCAAGGUGUGACAUUGAAUGGUUUGGUCCUGCUUGUCAGUACCAGAAUCUCGCAACAGUGUACACAUCAACAUUGCGAUUGGAUGGUUUAAGUUUAGCACAAUGUCCUGGGUGUAAUGCUGCAGGAGCUGAACAAAGCAUUGAAGUCUCCUGGAACAUGUCCUACCCUUUCACUUUUUUAUGGGUACAAUUUAAGCAAGCAACAAAUUAUCUGACGACAAACUUAAACAUCACUUACGGAAACUCUACGUGUGACUCUAUUUACCAAUCUGCUAUCAGCCAGGACACGGUUGAGUUCAGAUGUCGGACAACAGUAAAUAUGACACGUCUUGUUUUGUCAGGGAAUAAUGUAACAAAUGUCUGCAAUGUUUAUAUCAGCGGAGGUAGGAAUGUUGCAGUUAAACAACCUGCCAUACAAGACAGUACGUAUCCUACUGUUAAUGACAUUUCUUCAAACGCGUCAAACGCUGUAGAUGGUAAUAGAAGAAGUAGUUGGUACCUGGGAUCAUGUAUACAUACCAUCAACAAGACAUCGAAUGAACAACCUCAUUACUGGACAGUUGAUUUCAGUGGUGAAGCAUACAGUGUCAACAGAUAUGUUUUAUAUAGCAGGUGGGACAACUUAUCUGAUGCCGCAUCUUGCUGCCCAGAUAGAAUCAGUGGGUUUACACUAACAAGUUGGAACGACAAAGGUGACCAAGUGUUCACAUACACGGCUCCUAAGUCAGUGGCACUAGUCCACACUGUUGUAUCAGGAUCACGUGAUGUUGUUCGUGUCAAUGUCACAUUGGAUGAAGAAUAUUUAAACUUUUGUGAGGCCGAGAUUUAUGGAGUCAACAUAUGCCCAAAGAACAAAUACGGCCUAGACUGUACUAAAGAAUGUAACUGUGUCAACAAUGAACAAUGUCACGUGGACACUGGUACCUGUCCAUCUGGCUGUGCUCCAGGCUACAAAUUUGAAGGAUGUCAGACAGAGUGUAGUGCAGGUACAUGGGGUGUUGACUGCCGAAACUCUUGUAGUGUAAACUGCUCUAACAAAGACAGCUGUAACCAUAAGGACGGCACGUGUGAUGGAGGAUGUGUGGCAGGGUUUAAACUUCCGCUCUGUACUGAAGUAUGUGACAACAGAACGUGGGGUGUCAACUGUUCUUCCACAUGUAGCACAAACUGUAUUGAUGACGUAUGUAAUUCCGUUAACGGCAGUUGCUUAAAAGGUUGUGAACAAGGAUACAUAGGACACAAUUGUUCAGAAGAGUGUAGUGCAGGUACAUGGGGUGUUGACUGCCGAAACUCUUGUAGUGUGAACUGCUCUAAUAAAAACAGCUGUAACCAUAAGGACGGUACUUGUGAUCGAGGCUGUAUGGCAGGGUUUAAACCUCCUUUGUGUACUGAAGAAUGUGAUAUGGGAAAAUAUGGCAUUAACUGCACUAAAACCUGUAACAGCAACUGUAUUGAGGACGUGUGUACCACCGUUAACGGCACCUGUUCGAAGGGUUGUAAAGAAGGAUACAAAGGAUACGAUUGUUCAGAAAAAUGCGACGAGGGAACUUGGGGCAGUGAGUGUAAAAAUAACUGUAGUGUAAACUGUUUGACAUCAAGUUGCAGCCAUUUCAACGGAGAUUGUAUUGGUGGGUGUGCUAGAGGAUACACUCUCACAAACUGUUCGCUAGCACAAACAGCAAGUAUAGAUGAGGACAGUAAUUUAACAAUUAUAGUUGCUGUUGUGGUAGCAGGAGUAGUUCUCGUAGCGGCGUGUAUGACGGCUGUAAUAAUAUUUUACAGAAGAAGGCAUGGCAAACAAAGACCUAAGAUAAGAGAAGUAGAACUAGACAAAACAGAGGAUGAUCACAGCUAUAUGCCUCGCCAUGACAGUAAUGAGAAUACGAUCUUAGCUUCCACUACAGCUCUGUAUGAUGACAAGGAAACAACGAAGCAAGUCGUUGAUUCUAACAGUGGAUACUACAAUACUGUUUCUGUCAAAGUAGAUACAUCCAUUGAUGUCACAAAACUAAAUGAGUUUAUGAGCACUCGUGAUAAGCAGUUCUUUGAACAACAGUUUAAGAGUGCACCCGCUCCCAAAGAUGUUUCAACAAGUGUUGGGCUAAGUGAGGUAAACAAACACAAAAACAGAUUCAAGAAUAUUUGUGCCUAUGACCAUUCGAGAGUUCAUCUGGAGAUAAACACAGAUGACAAUGAAGGAGACUAUAUUAAUGCUUGUUAUGUUGAGGGAUAUAAAAAUGAGGGAAGAUUUAUAGCAUCUCAAGGGCCCAAUCGCUUGAUUUUAAAUGACUUUAUAAGAAUGUUAUGGGAACAAAAAGUUGAUAAAGUUGUUAUGCUGACUAAUCUUUUUGAGGAAGGAAAGCCGAAAUGUGAGCAGUACUGGCCAGAUGAAGACGAGGCUACAUUUGGUCUGAUCACAGUCAAACUGACAGUCACUGAUGUGUUCGCUGACUACACCAUCAGACAAUUUAUUCUGAGUAAAAAAGGCCAUCCUCCACACUCAGUGAAACAAUUCCAUUUUACAUCAUGGCCUGACCAAGGUGUUCCAUUAACUCCAUGGGCUCUUGUAGAUUUUGAGCAGAGAGUGGCAUCACAUCCCACAGCCACACCUGUUGUUGUACAUUGCAGUGCUGGAGUGGGACGUACGGGAACCUUCAUAGCUCUACGUCACGUGAUGAGAGAAGCUGAGGACACUGGACGCAUGGAUUUCUUUAAAACUUUAAUCAAACUCAGACAGGCCAGAGUCUUGAUGAUACAGACGGCUACAGGCCAGAGUCUUGAUGAUACAGACUGCUGUGAGUUGUGUUGGUAA